AUGUGUCCACACAUAGACAAAGCCUUCACGAAGCGAAGCAACGCAUCAAGACAUGUGCUAGAGGUACACAUGCUUCAUAAAUACUGCUGUAGCCACUGUAACACCUUAUUCUCCAGAUUAGACAAUAGACACCGAUGUAUAUAUGAACACAAGGCUAAACUAGAGCUAUUUAACACGGUAACCAAAGAAAAAGGAGAACAGGCAGAGAAUAAAGUACCCAAAGAAACCAUUGAUUUAUGCUUGGAAAAGACCAUCAUACAAAAAUACCGAGAAACCUACCCUACAAACCAAAGAAACGAGUUUCAGAUACCAAUAUACCAAAUCAACAAACCAUCCAUAAAAAGUAUCGUUACCUUACCAAGAACAAAUCCAGACCAGCAACGUGAACUACAGAAUGACCCUAAAAUUCUAAUAAAUGACCUGGGGUUAACCUUAUCAUCAGACGAGGAAGAUUUAAUGGAAAUCCCAGCCGAUUUUCCAGAAAUCACACUACUAGAAGUGGACAACACCUUAAAGAAUGUAGAAAACAAAAGUAAAGUCCAAAAUGAUACUCAAACCAAAGACAACCAUAAGGAAACUGAGGAAGAAAACAACAUAAAAGAAAUACCUACCGACUAUCAAGCUAAAACUAAACUAAGGGAGAAACAGAAUGAGAACAAUGAAGAAAGAUUAAAUGAAGACAGUCUGAACAAUAAGAAAGAGACACUUAAUCAGGAAAAACAGAGUGAAAAGAAAGAGAGGAGUAACCAGGAAAAUAAGACAGAAAUUGAAAGAACAGAAAGUGAUAAGGAGAAUACGCAGGAAACCAAAAUAAAAGAAAGACAGAGAGCAAAUAAUGAAGAAAUAGUAAGCACUGACUUAGACAAAGAUAACCUUUGUGAGAAGAAAAAGGAAAAGAAAAACAAAGACAAGACAGGACAUAAGGGAAAUAAGGAAAACAAAAAGCACAAAGAGAAACACAGAGAUAGUAAAAAGGAAAAGGGAAAUAAGAAAGAAAGAGAAAAUAGAGACGGAAUGAAAGAUAUAAACACAGGAGACCAAAAAGUAUGUAAAGAAACAGUAAAAAUAAAUGACAAACCGAAAAAUGAUAAGUGCAAAGACCAACAGAAAGGGAAGGAGGAAAAUAGGAACACAGGAAAAGAGGAAGUUAAGGAGAAAACGGACACUCGACAAAUAAUAGUUAAAGAAAACAUAGCAGAAAUAAAAAACUAUAGAAUACCUAAAUUACAAAAGCCAGUAACUAAACAGACCAACAACACCUGCUUAAGAGAAGAGAUACUGUAUCCGAACUUGUCCGACAUAAAUCAAAUAAACAUUAGCUCAAUGCGUAAAGUGGUCACAUACGACGAUAUCGACAUGGAUGAAACAGAAAAUGAAUUCACUGACAGCAUUGAUCACGAGUUUGACCCAGAACCAGAGGACAUUCCCACAGAAGAACACGUACAACAAACCAUAAACUAUAUAGAAGAAACUCAAAAGACAUUCAUUAAAUUAAAUAUUGGAGGCGUUACAUUUAAUACAAGCUACAAAACUCUUUCAAAUUCUCCUGAAUCCGUUCUAGCACAUCUGAGAAACAAGAACCUAACAGUUACCGACAACACCAUUUUCAUAGAUAGAAGCGGGAAACAUUUUGAAUACCUCCUAAAUUUUCUUCGCAAUGGCUGUGUUAUACCCCAGAGCUUAUUACCUUCUAAUAUCACCAUCACGGAAGAAAUCCUUAUGGAAUCGAGAUUUUACAAUAUCUGUGAACUGACUAGGAAACUGGAGACACAUCUACGACAUCUCAAGCUGGGCACCAUCAACUAA